AUGCAGCAGCUCACCACUCCCCUGCUGCCCCUCCUGGACGCAGCGAGCGUCAAAGACAGCACUUUCCUCUCCGCUGUUGCUCGUAUCGCUCCCGUCCUUGUCCCUCAAGACCUCGUUUCGUCGCUUCCUGAGAACAUCUCCUACUUGGUCCUCGCCGAACCAUCACUCACCUACGAAUCCGCGGCAGACCUGCUCGAUGCUGGUGCCCAAGCUAUCGUCACUUCCGACACCAAGCUCAUCGAACAGUUCCAUGCAUCCAUCUCUUCUACCCGCUUCAUCUACCUCUCGGCCUCUGGAGCAGCCCCCGUUCCCGAAGUAUUGAAGAAUGUCGCAGCUGCAAUCAUCACCCUCCCCGCCGCCUCUGCUAUCUCUUCUUCCACCCAACUCAUUCGAACCAUCGCCGAGUUCCUCCAGACCAAGACCUCGGGCAAAUCCCUCUUUGUCCUCCCAACUUCCGGCGUCCCCACCGUUCAAGACGUGAAAUCGAUCACCAAGCUCACUGCUAGCCUCAUCGCCCCUUCCUCCGUUCUCUCCAUCGCCGAUCAAGGUCAGCAGAUCCAAGAAAAGCUUGAUGUGGUGGACGCCUUCCUCGCCCCGCUCACUUCUGACCGUACCGACGGCCUUUUUGCUACCACAGUCGUCGCCGCAGCUCUCACCACCUCUCUCGGUUUGGUCUACUCUUCCCCUCUCUCCAUCCGAAAGUCGAUCAUCACCGGUUCCGCCCACUACCAAUCCCGAAACCGAGGCUUGUGGCACAAAGGCGAAUCAUCCGGAGCAACCCAAACCGUCGUGUCCAUCCGUCAAGACUGCGAUUCGGACGCACUCCAAUUCGCCGUCCGUCAAUCCCGUGGGACUUCGGCUGCCGGUUUCUGUCACUUGGAAAACCGCGAAGGAUGCUUCUCUUCCUCUACUGGUCUAGCUAAACUCGAAGCCACCCUGAGAGACCGUAAGGCGUCGGCUCCGGCGGGAAGCUACACCGCUCGACUGUUCUCCGACCCUUCGCUACUGGGUGCUAAGCUGCGAGAGGAGGCAGCUGAACUCGCAGACGCCAAGAACCAAGACAAGAAACACGUAGCCUUCGAAGCGGCAGAUCUUAUCUACUUUGCCCUCACCAAGUGCGUCUCUGCUGAUAUCGGACUCGAAGAGAUCGAAGCAAACCUGGAUGCCAAGUCCAACAAGGUUUCCCGCCGCAAGGGUGAUGCCAAGCCCACCUUCGCUGCUGCUCAGCAAGCGGCCGAAUGUAAAGCUGCUCCUCUUGCUGCAACCCUUGCCCCUACUCCUACGGUGAAGGACGCAAGCGCACCAAUCAAAAUCCAAUCCUACAAAUACGAACAUCUCUCCGCCACCCAACUGAAAGAUCUUCUCAAGCGACCUGCACUCCGAACGGAAGCAGUGAUGGAAAUCUGCAGACCCAUCCUCAAGUCCAUCAAAACCCGUGGUGACGCUGCGCUUUUGCAGCUCACCGAAAAAUUCGACAAGGCUACACUUAGUUCCCCCAUGCUCAGGCCUCCUUUCGUUAACGAUGAGGUGAUGGCAAAGAUCAGACCCGAAGUGAUCACCGCCAUCGACAUUGCCUAUAACAAUAUUUACAAAUUCCACAAAGCUCAAAAGACUACGUUCGGUAACAAGAAGGCUCCUUCCACCGGAGCAAAUCAAGACGAUCCCACCCUGCAAGACGGCGAAGAUGGAGUGCUGGAAGUGGAAACGAUGCCUGGUGUUGUUUGUCGUCGAUUCGCACGUCCGAUCGAAUCUGUCGGUCUCUAUGUACCCGGAGGAAGCGCAGUCUUGCCCAGUACAGCGUUGAUGCUGGGAAUUCCAGCGCAGGUAGCUAGGUGUCCAACCGUUGUCAUUGCCACUCCACCUCGAGCUGACGGAUCGAUCUCGCCUGAGGUGUUAUACUGUGCUAGCAAAGUCAAUGCUUCAGCGAUCCUCUGUGCUGGAGGAGCUCAAGCAGUAGCAGCACUCGCAUACGGCACUGAAUCUGUUCCGAAGGUGGACAAGAUCGUUGGUCCAGGAAAUCAAUUUGUAACAGCAGCAAAAAUGUUGGUUCAAAACGAAACAGAUGCUAUCGUCUCGAUCGAUAUGCCCGCUGGCCCAUCCGAAGUUUUAGUCAUCGCAGACUCGACCGCCGAUCCUUCCUUUGUUGCCUCGGAUCUCUUAUCUCAAGCUGAACAUGGACCUGAUUCGCAAGUCGUUCUCCUUGGCAUUUCCCUCACCGACUCGGAACUGGCUGCUAUUGAAGCUGAAGUCGACCGCCAAGCCCGAGCUCUGGCACGAGUAGACGUGGUUCGACAAGCCAUUGAUAAAUCCCUCACCCUAAUCGUCCCCACUCGGGAAACAGCGAUGGAGUGGAGCAACGCCUAUGCACCCGAACAUCUAAUCCUGCAAACGUCCAACCCGGAAGAGCUGGUGAAACUGGUAAAAAACGCUGGUUCCGUCUUUGUCGGUUCCUGGAGCCCAGAAAGUUGCGGAGACUAUAUGUCAGGGACAAACCACUCGCUCCCAACAGCAGCCUACGCCAAGAGUUACUCAGGAGUUAACGUGGCUACCUUUGAAAAGUGCAUCACCAGUCAGACUUUGACAAAGGACGGCUUGAAGGCUUUUGGCAAGAAUGUAAUCGAUUUGGCCAUGUGUGAAGGUUUGCAGGCUCAUGCUGAGGCCGUGAGGAUUCGAUUGGCUAAGAUGGGUGUUGCCUAA